AGCCCUUUCUACCUCGGGACUGCUGUGACAUCCAUCAGCAUGACAAAACCCUACCCAGUGGAGUGUACAUCAUCUAUCCCAUUGGAGCCACGUCUCGUGUGAAGGUGUACUGUGACAUGGAAUCACAGGGUGGACGCUGGACAGUGUUCCAGAGGAGGGUGCACGGCUCAGUGAACUUCUACCAGCCCUGGAGUCUCUAUAAGGCGGCCUUCGGCAGCUCUGCUGGAGAGUACUGGCUCGGUCUCAACAACAUUCACCACCUGACCUACCUGAGAAAAUCUGAGCUGCUGGUCCUGAUGGAGGAUUUCGCUGGAAAAAUCUACGCUCAUUACAAGUCGUUCUCAGUCGAUCCAGAAUGUGAUGGCUAUAAACUGCACGUAUCAGGAUUCAUUAACGGAGGAGCAGGAGAUUCCUUUGGUCCUCACAAUGGACUGAAAUUCUCCACAUUCGACAAAGAUCAGGAUAAAUCAUCAAAAAGCUGUGCUAAGUUGUACUAUGGAGGAUUCUGGUAUGGUAGUUGUCAUACGACUAAUCCUAACGGGGUUUACCGCUGGGGUCAGGAUAAAUCCGUAUACGCAACUGGAGUAGUGUGGUACACCUGGAAGGGUUUAUAUUAUUCCCUGAAAUCCAUCCAUAUGCAGAUCCGUCCCGAUUCUUAGAUCUGUUCAGAUUUCCAGCAGUAACUCUGCCCCUAUCCUAAAAUCAAAUUUGGUCACUUUGCUCAUGUUUUCUGUCAGGCUCACACACUAAAAAAAAAAAAUCUUCUUUGUCUU